CGUUUUAGCUCGCUUCUUGAGGGCAUUACAUUAAUAUUCUCCUUCUCUUCUAUUUCCGUCGUCUCAUCGAUCUUCACCUAGCAACAGUCGAAAAGCUCGGAGCCAUGGCUACAAUAGUAGCUCGUCAAGCUGCAUCGACACUAGCUCGACUUUCCUCUUCCAGAAUAUCGGCUCAAGCCGCUUCUCUCAUUCAACGGCGCGGCCUUGCCGGCGCUGCUGAUCACCACGGCCCGCCAAAGAUUAAUUGCUGGCAGGAACCAAUGAGCCCCUCUAAGUGGAAGGAAGAGCAUUUUGUACUUGUCUCAUUAUCUGGUUGGGGCCUACUCUUCUAUGGAGGAUACAAAUUUUUUACUGGAGGCAAAAAGGAGGAAGAGAAACUGGUUGACGCAGCACAUUGAGUUUUGGAGCAAAAUUCCUGGUAAUAAUGUGCAUUGAUUGGAGCUUUAAUCCCUUCAGAUUUUCUUUCCUGCUAGCCAGUGUUUGAUUUUUUCUUGGAGAUUGAAGAUAUUUAAACUUGAUGGGUGGUUGCUUUGUUGGAGACAAUUAACCAAUUUCAUGUGCUCAUCAUUUCCAAGCAAUUUUAAAAAUCUUUUGUUCUAAUAAUGAGAAUGGCACUCAAUUCUUUUUAAUUUAUUGGCUAUAUCUGACCA